CGAGCACCCAAUAGCCCCCAUCCACAUUCACGUCCAACGGGCCCCCAAGUAUUCGCAAGUGGUUAUAGGGCCGCGUUUGCGUUUCGCCGCAUCUCAAUAUCUGAAAUCAAAAGAAAAAUCAAAUUUGUAUCAAAACCGAAAGAAAAAUAAACUUUCUCCGAGCCACAUGAAAACAGUUUAAUGUUUAAAGGUAUUACAGCCACAAAAUGAAUACCAAAAACAUUGAAAGCAAACCCAUGGAUGGGACAAAAUUUCUAGAUGUGUUGUCAAAAAUAUCAUUGGAGGAAAUAUUACAACUUGAAUUCCGUUACAAUCCAACUAGCAAAUGGGAAUCUUUGAUAACCCCUGCAUACCCGCUUCGGAAAUACAAUUGUAAUAUUUGCCGUGUUGUCCAGUUCGGCGACCAAAAUUUGUUUAGCCACCUUAGUGGUAAAAAACAUAUUGCUACAAUGAAACUCCAAGAGCAAUUGCAAAUAAGAACCAAGCCCAAUGGAGCUCCACAAAAAUUUGUUACAGAACCCACAAAAAAGGGACCGAUUACCAAUGCGAAUAAUAACAAAAACAGUCCAUCUCCUGUUGUUAAGAAUUCGCCUAUUAUAAACAAAAAUGUACCAAAUCAAAAUAGUAAUGCAAACUCUAACGUUGUUAAUCAGGCAGCUGGAAAUGAAGUUGCAAAAACACAACACAAACCAGCGAUUGGCGCUAAAACGCAAAGCACUCCACCUAAGGUGGUAAAUAAUCCAAAUACUCAAAAAAAUAUUCAGGAUGGCACUCCAAACAUUCAAAAGAAUGUGCCAGGUAACAAUCCACCCAAUCAAAAGAAUACAUCAGUAAAUAAUACGCCUGUUAAGAAAAAUACAGGGAAUAAUACACCCGUACAAAAGAGUAUUCCUAUUAUUGGCGCAAACGCGCAGAAAAGACCUAACCCAAAGCCGGGAACUAUUCAAGCGAAGAAACCAAAUGUGAAUGCUUCCAACGCAAAUAACACUGCUAUUAAAAAGGCUCCACAGUCUGCAACGCCUACAGCGAACACUUCACAGAAGCCUGGAGGUCCUGCUCCAAAAACUACUGUGAGCAAUACUACUUCUCAGCAAGCAGUGAAUGUUCAGAUUGAAAAACAACCAUUAGAGCAAACUAAACCGACUGUUCAAAACCCCUCACAGACUCCAUCAAAGCCGCAGAAUGCUAAAUCGAAUAACGCGGACUUGGCUCGCAACAAGACGACUAAUCCAGAUAUAGUCAAAAAUCCGCUUUCCACGAAAAUAUCUUGUGUUCCGCUAGCCAAGCUUAUCAACUCUACGCCAGAGCGCGAGAACGAAGUCAUAAUCAUUGACGAUUUGCCAAAAGAGGCUACUAAACCGCCAGAAACUCCGAAAAACCCCAUUCCAGUUCAAACGUCAAACCCGAAGCCUGCUAUUGCGGCCAAGAAGCCAAUCAAUGUUGUUGCACACUCUGUGCGCCCUACUAUCCAUAAGGUAGUAAAGCCCUCGUAUGUUGCACCCAAGGAUUACACAACAGCUAGACCUGGUGGCACAUUUGAAUCGAGGAAAGGUCAUGUCAUGGGUCUCGUUGGGGUAGAGUACGUUUUGAAAAUAGUUAAGAACUUGACUGACAACAAUGCCAGAUAUCAAUGUUGCCUCUGCGAGAUCACUGCUGAUGAGCAAUCAAUGCACAACCAUUUGCUUGGCUAUAAUCACCGUUUAAAGUAUUUUGACAAGCAUUUCCCCACUGCAAUGCGCCUGUACCGUCAGUAUGUGUCCCAUGUUCCGGAGAGCGAGGUGUGCAAAAUAAUGAUGCCCAUUUUUGAUAAGCUUGCACAUGCCAUUGAAGCACACCAUGGUCGAAAAAGCGCCCAUCUGUGCUAUGAACAUGUAUAUUCGAAAGAUCGCCAGAGUUUGUUCACACAGGUGUACAAUAGAAAGCACUCGUCGGAAAAGAUUGGGCCUUCGUUCACCCAUGUCGUAGAUGCUAAAGAGGUGGAGGAGUUGAUCGACAAGAUUAGAAACAACGUUCAGCCCUUGAUAAACGUUGAAAAUCCGAAUCCUUACUACGUCCCUCAAUACGUACCACAUGCGUAUGUGGGUUAUCAGAAUGUGCCCGAAAAGAUCACAACACCGCCUAUUGAUGAUGAAACUCACAAGCGAAUGGUCGAUAACUUUCUUAGGGACACCAGACAUGGUUCGGGCGAUGUACAGAAGUCCCGGAACGCAAAGCGAAACCGCUCAAGAUCCAAAUCGCCUGAUCAAAGGAAGAGGGUCGCCCCCAAAAGGCACUGGAAUGUGGAGCGUAGGUCAGUGUCGCCUUUGCGCGAUGGCGACAUUUGGCAGGCGUACCGUCACAUGGUAGAUCUCAGGGUGCGUGAGCUAAAUGUGUCCUUCGACACAUACAAAUCUGAUCCCGAACAGCAUCCGAGUUAUCAAGCUGAGUGGCAAAUGUUUUGGAAGCGCCGCAAGGAUGAGCUUAUAUUGGCUGGCAUUAAUCAUCGCACUUACAACUUCCAAAACGAGUGGAUUAAUUUCUUUAAUGCUCGUAUCGAAGAAUUGUACAAUCAAGAUAUUGAAAAUAUUAAAAUAAAGUGUCGCGAACGGCUGUGUCUGCCAAUGACCAAUAACGAAUUGGAGGACGAAAAGUAUCACGUUCAUUUGGACAAAACUGAUGAGCCCGAUGAUGAGCGCAGACAGGAAUCAAUAAUAAACAAUAAACCGCAGAAAGUGUCUGUUGAUGUGGAGCCUCCGGUUGAGGAGCCGCCGAAUGUGAUUCACGUUCUUCGUCUUUUAACUGCUUUGGAGAAUUAUCUCGGAAGUUUGGGUCCUAUUGUUACUGAGAUGCUAGUAAAAGCUCUGCAAUCGCAGAAGAUUUAUCCAGAAAAGUUGCACACUUUAAUUUUAACAGCCGAAAACUGUGCUAUUUUGGAGACCGUUAAAGAAAAGUUUACUGGUCUCUUGAUCUCCCAAAUUUAUGAUCCCGCUAAAGAAAGGGCUUUGAAGAGAGCUAUUAAUGACACCGAACGGUUGCUUCAAAGUGCCAGUAAACUUAACAAUUCCAAAGAUAAAGAGGAGCAGCUCGCUGAGAAACCAGUGAUGGAGAUAGCCAAAAACUUACCGCAUAACCUCGAUAAACCAUUAGAUAAAACUGAGCUUGCGGCAAAGCUGGCUUCAUCAUUGGUGUCCCAAGGCAAAACAUCUAUUAACCGAGAGGAACUUCAAAAGAUACUUCAGGUAUAUACGAUGAUUGAGCAGAAGAAACGCCAGGACAUGCCAUCCUCAACCAGUUCCGUGAAUUCAGGGCCCAGCACUUCUACUAACUUGAUUCCAAAUUCCAAUAACAAUGAUAACCUGUUGACACAACAUUCAUCUAGAAAUUUAAACAACAAUCCGACCAGUGAGUAUACUGGUCAAAACUACUCCGGAAAUGUGGCUCGCUUUAACAACCAACAAAGCACUAACUUAGCUAGCCCCUUCACUUCGAACACGUAUCCGACUGAUCGUGGAUUUGGAGCACCCGGCGGAUAUAAUAGUCAAUUCGGCUCUAAACUACCGGCAAUCAACCCAAGCAGCGUUUUGCGAAACGAUCUGACUACAUCGUCACUCUUCAACUUCAACACCAAUUUGAACCCAUCUUAUAACAACCUUAACCGGAGGAACACUAAUUUUUAAUUGAUAGUACGUAAUGCGGUUAGAUUGAUAAAGAAAACUUACAUUAAACCCACAAUUAUGUAACACAUUUUCGAAUUAGCUACAUUCUUUAAAUGUAAAUAAAUCAAUCGGUUAGAUUGAUAAAGAAAACUUACAUCAAACCCACAAUAAUGUAACACAUUUUCGAAUUAGCUACAUUCUUUAAAAAUUUGUACAACAAUGUAAUUUGAGCAAUGCAUUGUAAAUAAAUCGAUUUUAUAAUGGCA